AUGCCUGAACCUGUUGGAAUUGCCAAUUUACCAAAUCAAAGAUAUAAAAUUAUAUCUGAUCAAGGUGCUACUUUCACUUUAAUGGUGGCUGGUGAAAGCGGAUUAGGUAAAACCACAUUUAUCAAUACUUUAUUUCAAUCAUCAUUAAAAAUCCAUCAAGAUCCAAAUGAAAGACAUAAUAAAUUUUCAAAUCCUCAUCAAACAGUUGAUAUUGAUAUUGUUAGAGCUAUUUUAGAAGAGAAAAAUUUCAAAAUUAGAUUGAAUAUUAUCGAUACUCCCGGUUUUGGUAAUAAUGUUAAUAAUCACGAUUCUUGGACUCCAAUUAUCGAUUUCAUCGAUGAUCAACAUGAAUCUUUUAUGAAACAAGAACAACAACCUUUUAGAACUGAUAAAAAGGAUUUGAGAGUUCAUGCUUGUAUCUAUUUCAUUAGACCUACUGGCCAUUCUUUAAAACCUUUGGAUAUUGAAAUCAUGAAAAGAUUAUCAACUAGAGUUAAUUUAAUUCCAAUUAUUGCCAAACUGGAUACCUUAUCACCAAAUGAAUUGGAUAUCUUCAAAACAAGAAUAAGAGAUAUCAUUGAAGCUCAAGAUAUUAAUAUUUAUACUCCUCCUUUAGAAAUUGAAGAUCCUGCUAGUGCUGAACAUUCCAAACAAUUAAUUGAAGCAAUGCCUUUUGCUAUAAUUGGUAGUGAAGAUGAAUACGAAAUAAGCCCUGGUAAUUUCGUCAGAGGUAGAAAAUAUCCUUGGGGUUUAGUCGAAGUUGAAAAUGAUAAACAUUGUGAUUUUAAAAAAUUAAGAUCUUUAUUAUUAAGAACUAAUAUGUUAGAUCUUGUUUUAUCUACUAACGAAAUACAUUUUGAAACUUAUAGAUCAAUCAAAUUAGGUGGUGGCUCCAAUAACGAUGAUGAUGAUUCAAAUAAUCAAAAUAAUGAUGAAAAUAAUGAAAAUGGUGAUCAAACUAAAAAACAAGCUCCUAAAAAACCUAGAAGAUUACAUAACCCUAAAUUUAAAGAAGAAGAAGAUGCUUUGAAAAAAUUCUUUACUGAACAAGUUAAAGCUGAAGAACAAAGAUUUAGACAAUGGGAAACUAAUAUCGUUAAUGAAAGAAAUAGAUUAAAUCAAGAUUUAGAAGAAAUGCAAACUAAAUUAAAAUCCUUAGAAGAUCAAGUUAAAAAAUUACAAAUAACAAAACGUUAA